CGGGGGAAAUUCCCUUCAGACGAAAGGGUAAACAAGGCGUCGGCCAUUUUUGGCGCAGCGUCCGUUCUUCCUUAGUGUCUUUCUUUCACUUUCUCGUUAAAGCCGCUGUUCCGCGGCGAGGAGGAUGGCGGCUUUACCUCAUAGAUUUCGCUGACGCGUUGAGCCCUGUGCUUUAGAAUCCUGUUCGAAAGCGGAUUUUCAUUACCACGGCUGGAGUCCGGAAAAAAAAUGGAGGUGGCCCCGCAGCUGUUAAAUGGCAUCGCAUCCAAACAGAUGUCCAAGCUGGGCACUGGUAAAGUGGCAGCGCCAUGGGGUGGCCAGGUUAAGUUGGACAGCAUGGGGCUACCUGCUGAGGUAGAGAGCGAUGACUACUACGACAGUGGCAUUGGCUCCCUCAGUGAGCUGCAGGUCAGGCAGUUCAACGAGUUGGGUGGCGUUGACCAGAGUGUUGAUGGUGGGGAGAGCAGGGAUGGCAUGGGGCAAAUGUCCCCAGGCACCGAGCCUGACAUCUGCCUGUCCACCCAGAAGCGGUCAGAGACCGGUGUUGGCCAAAUCACCCAGGGCAUUGAGGAUGUGAAACUGAGUGGCACUGGUCAGAUCACCCUGGGAACGGAGCUGGGCACUUCCCAAGAAGCAGUGGAUGAGUUGAAGGAAUUGCGCCACUAUCGAACUGAAGACAUGGACUCGGCACUGCACCUUUCUGUCAUCCAUGAGAAAGAAGACUUUUUCGUCACUAUUCUCUGCUAUAUAAAGGAUGCUGAAUACCUCAACCUGCAGAAUGACUUGAACCAGGUGAUUAGGACUGCACAUGAAAUGUCGGCACUGCAUUUGGCUGUGAUCGUUAGGCGUGCUGAUUUUGUGGAAAGGUUGGUGGCUGCCGGGGCAAACUUAUUGCUGCAAGAGAAGGAUGGGAACACUGCCUUACACCUAGCGUGCAUGGAAAGAGCUACCAGCUGUGUUCACGUUCUCCUGUUUCAUCAUACUCUUGGCCUAAGGAAUUCCAGUCUUUUUGACCAAUCCCAGGUCACACAGCAGCUGAAUUGCUACAACUAUAAAGGACUCACACCCCUGCACUUAGCUGUAAAGGUCAAUGACGUUCAUAUCGUCGAAUAUCUUCUGCAAUCUAACGUUGAUAUAAACGCAAAGGAGAGGUCAGCAGGCCGAACUGCUUUACAUCUGGCAGUAGAGGAACAAAAUCAGCAAAUUGUCAAACUCUUGCUGGACUGGUGCGCAGACGUUCACGCUCAGAUGUACAGUGGCUAUACACCAAUUUGUCUGGCUGUGUGCAGGCCUAAUUGGAGCAUAACGCAGAUGCUCAGAGACUAUGGCUCUUCAGAACCGGAUACAGAUGAGGAGUCGGAGGAGAAUGAAGAAAUUGAUGAAGAUGGCAUGGGCGAGUAUGAUGACUUUGUGGUGCAUGGAUGUUAAUAGAAGAUCAGAAAAUUCUGAUGUCCUGCUGUAUUUAAACAUUACAGUUGAAGCAUUAAAGUGGUUCAACUCUACUACUGCAAAGGAGCACCAUCAUAUAGUCAUUUUCACUGUCUUGUAGUCAUGUAUUGAGCCAAUAUCUAGGAGUAGUUUUUAUAACCUGGUGUCUACAAAUACAGAUUUUUGGUUUGUAUAGAACUGAUUGCCACUCAUGUAAGUCAAAGGGGAACCCAAUGUAAAAAUACCAGUCAUGUGAGACAUACAGUAGGUCCUGAAGCUGGGAAACAUAGGGUGAACGCAGUGUAAUCUGGCAAGGAGGGAUACGCUUGGCAAAAUUCAGGAGGAUGUUAAACCUGAAUAUCGCUGGUGGGGUUUGGUGCUGAGGACUGGAGUAUGGUUAGUGGUGGGGGGAUGUAGAGCAAAGGGACCAUCACUGUUUUUUAAAGUUUGUAGCUCUGCUGGCUCUCCACACUGCAAUCACCCUUUUGCCUGGAGGUCUUGUUAACCCAUAGCCAGAGGCUCCAUAGUGACAUUCUUAAUUAGAAAUAAGAGGCUCCAACAUGAGUUUCUUUUUUAAAAAGACACUUACUUGGCUCCUUUGUUGCAGUUGCCGUCCCAUCCCUGAUAGAAUCAAAGCUUUUUCGUGCGUGUCUGUUUGGAAGAUUCCCAAGGUUGACUCAUAAGCAAACUUCUGAACUUGAAGUUGCAUGAAAACUAAAUGGGUUUCUUUUCUCUGGAAGAAGUGACGUUUUAGUUUUGGUAACUCAGUAAACGAGAGUAGCAGGGGGCUGGAAAGUAUUAGUUAGCUAAGUUGGCUGGAUAGCAAUACAGAGUGAUGCUAACAGCAUGGGUUUAAUUCUUGCACCAGCUUGGGUUACCACAAAGGAUUCUCCUCAACUUGUCCUUUCACCUCUGUAAUGAGAGAACAACUCUAUGGAAGAUGGUUCUCUUUCACUGGGUUCUGCCUCCAGCAGUAUCUCAUAGAAGAAACAGUCAAAAUUGGGAAGAUUAAGUUGCAGCAUAUUGGAUUGCACGAAGUGGAUUAAGUAACUUGUUGGAAUGCAGUCUCUGGCCAAAUGAAACUCACUGUAGGAUCACAUCAUUCACAAAAGUUGGAGGCAGUAUUAGGGAGUCAAAUGUUAAAAUUACUUUGGGAUUUUUGUAUGUUAAUUUGAGCUGUAAUGGAUAACAAUAGAUUCCAUGAACUCAGCAGAGGAGGGCGAGGAGAAGAGGCACAUGAAUAAAGCUGAAAUGCAAAACCGAUUUUCUGGUUUCAUAAAAGUAAUUAGCAAUUCAUGCAAAAAAAAUGCAUAGCACAUGUAUUUCAUGGUCAUUGUUUCGGUACAUUUACAUUUAAAAUAUUAAUAUUUCAGAAUGUCUGAACUCCAGCUUUGCAAUAGUUUGAUGAGUUGAUAUGAGUGGUAAAUCCUCUUCUGCAAGCUGACAGGCAUAAGAGUGUGCGAUAGGUCAUUCAGCCCAUCAGACUUCUGCUCUACCCUUUAAUACAAUCGUAGCUGAUCAAAUACUUCAGUACCUUUUACCCACACGUGCCCUAUAACAAUUGAUGCCAGAAAUCUUUUAACCUUUAAACAUUACUGAUGGCUAAGCCUCCACUUCCCUCUGAGUAGAGAAUUCCAAAGACUCUCAACCCUCUGAGUAAAAUAUAAAAUUCUCCAUGUCUCAGUCUUCAAUGGCAUUUCUUUAUUUUUAAAUUGUGGCCCUGGAUUCCAUGCUCCCUGUCCUCCCUGCAUCUACCUGUCAAUUCCUUUGUAACUAUUUUGUCGGUUUCAAUGAGAUCACGUCUGAUUCUUUGAAACUAGAGAAUGAAGCCCAGUUUGCCCAAUUCUUCCUCAGUGUUAAAAGGGAUCUGACUUCUAAAGCUGAUGUUCCAUGUUGCUGUUGGGAGACAUCUAUUCAUUUUGUCCCCUGGAGGACUGGGGAGAGAAGCAGUCUGAAGUUUGAAGGUCUUUUUCCUGGUGACAGGAGUACUUCACAGCAAAAGAAAUACUGGUCUUAACAGCCCUGUUAACCCAUUUUUGAAAAUGCAUAGACCUUGUGAGCAAAACCGGACACUGCAAUAUUCGUCACAAUCUGGUUAAUGACUAUAGUGUUUAAAAAAGCUAUAUAGUUUGGACUUUAAAAUCUCCUUGUUCCACCCAUCCGUCUUUUGCUGAGAAAAUAAGCUGGAAAUGUGGCACCGUAAAGUCUCAGCCUGAUUCGUUUUAUAAAAUUAUUUUGCUCCACACCUGAAUCACUGGCAGGGCCAAUAUUAGCCGUUCAACUGAGUGGAGAGGGCAGACAGGACUCGAGCCGAUAUCUCUGGACUUGGAGUCUUAUCUAGACUAGUUUGGGUAAGGAUUUCAGCUGCUGUCAUGAAAGUUGAAACAAUAUCCCCAAUGUAUUAUAAUGAAACAAUGGGAGUGCAAAUGCUGAAAAUCUGAAGAAGGAUCACUGGACCUGAAAUGUUAACUCUGCUUUCUCUUCACGGUUGCUGUUAGAUCUGCUGAGUUUCUCCAGCAAUUUCUGUUUUACUUUCCCCAGAGCAUUAGCCUGAGCAGUUUGUCACUCAGUCACUCCUGAGCUCUCAAUCUCUCUCUCUCUCUCUCUCUCUCAUACACAUUCUGCCCCAAUCCAAAUCUGAUUGGCUGCAACAAGUGUUUUCACGCUUGCUGGUUGGAUAGUAAUGUUUGAUUGCCAACAGUUUGUUUCUUAGCAUGACUUUUUUAUUGAGUACAUGGUAAAACCAGUUCAAGCUUCACAUUGAGAAAGACUAUCCAAGUUAAACUCCUCAAGCAAUGAUAGUGAAUAAGAUUCACCCUAUUCAGUCAUUUGUAGGAAUUUGAUUCUUUAAAUCCCUCUUGAAAUGGGAAACUAGUAUGAUAUUCAUCUUGAAAGCAGCCCUUUAUUGUUAGAAGAAAUCUUGUUUGUGUGUCUUUUGUCCACUUUCCUGUUGUACUGAUAUCUGGUCACAAUUUCAACAUUCUGAGGUUGAAGCUACCUGUAAAAAUAUGUGGAAUGUGAAUAUGUGAACGGUUACCUGCAAUACUGUAAUUGCAGACUCUGGCCAUGAGGGUGAUGCUGGUUUUAGAAGGCUCUCAUUCAUUUGCAAUGCUCUGGCUAAUCUAUCAGUAUCAGUUAAAAGCUAUCAUGAAAAUAUGGUCCUUUGUUUUCUACAGUUAUUCUCCAUUACAGCAUUUUUUUUAAACAUUACAUAUGUACAGAAUGUCUGGUUUGGUUUUGAUGUUGAGAUAUUGAAUGAUAUGUUUUUGUCAUGCUUUGUGUCAUGUAGGCACUGUUAGAAUGCAGCAAUGUUUUUCUUUAGAGUCUACAAUUUUGGCUUUGUUGUUAAACUUUUUGUUGAAUUGUUUUAUUUUAAUUGUAUCAUACAUUUUCUUGUAGCUGCAUACUGGGAUUGCUAGUUAGUGCUUUGCUUGCCUUAAAGACUGAUAUUAACCACUGAAGAUAACCAGCACUUUUUCUCUUUCUACAAAAACUGACAAAUAAAUAUUUGCAAAUAUAGCUGUAAAA